ACUUGCGUUCGGACGGUAUGUCGCCGCCGUCGGUCCGGAAAAUCGGUCGGAAAGUUGUUACGGGAGUGGAUUCGGGUCUUUCGGUGUUGAAAGAAUAGUUGGGGGUGUUGUGGAUAGUUGAAAGUGAAGUGAUUUGAGGAAUUUGAUUCGAUUUUGAAGGCUUCGAUCAGAAGUCACUUUGGAGGAAGUGUUCCUACGGAGUAACAAUGUUGAUGAAGGAUAUGGGCAGCUAGCAGCUGGGCUAGUGGUGGCCUGCGAGCCUCUGUGUGGGUGUAGUUCGUGUGAAAUUCGAGCAGUUUGCGUAGGGAGAGUUUGUAAGGGUGAGAGUUUCCGGUUUCACUCUCUCGUUGGUUGGUAGAAGACUCCCUUAAGGUUCUGAGGGCUCCAUCACAGUUAAGGACCAAGCAUGUUGAUCCCUUCGUUGUGGGAUUGCUCUCGUCGUUGAUUCCGUCCAAACGGGAGAUUGUUGGUGUUUUUCCCCCUCGUUCUCAUGCAACCGCACCGGGCCACGGCGAUGAAAAGUCAAGCUCGUCCGCUCGUUUUAGGUUCCGGUCUCGCAAUCGCCGUCGUCGGUGGCCGCCUUCAGUCUUUGGCGGAUAUUCGGUCGAACGCGUCGCGACGUCCUGCUCCUGUUCGUCGGCGAAUUCGCACGCUGCCAGCCAGAGUUGGUUUGUUGGUGUUUUCCGAGCGUUUCUCGUGACACCUCGUGAAGCAAAACACAACGAGACGAUUUUGCGACGACGACGACUACGAAGAUCAUCUUCGCGCUAUUUUCGAAACCUACACGAGACACCGGAGUGCAUCUGGAGUGUGUGAUAAUCGGAGAUUGACCGUGGCACAAAAGUUAUGGGCCGUUUCGGCUAAAAUGACGUUUGCUUUCGUCACCGAACGGAGCAUCUUUCUCGAAUCUAAUAAAAGAACCUAGAGAGGGUAGGGGCUAAAGUGCGAAUAUUCAAAUAAUCACUUGAGACGAAUAAGGGGAAGGUUGGCAACUAAAAGUCAAACCAAAACUUAAGUUGUAAGACCUAGACAAACACGCGUUAACCUUUUCCAACAAAGUCACAAAGAAGCCGAAAGGUUCAAACAAAUUUAGAAGCUAGAGAAAACAUCGUGGGACAAUCUGGGACUGUCUCAAAAACUAACCGAAAAAAACUAGUGAAGAGAGAAAACAACAAGGAAAAAAAGUCUUAAAGAGUGGGGUGCAAGUGGGGAUUUAUCGAUUCGACGUCCUUUCCUCGAAGAAGAGGGGCUUUAAACGAUCUCUUUAAAGUGUUGACGGUUGAGUCCCGGCACAAGUGUAUUUGCUCGCUCUGACCUCGACGCAGAAGAAGACGACGCGAAAAAUUUCGAGCAGCAUCAAGCAGUGAGGCAUCAAGUGAGGGUGAGGAAAAUUCUUCCCUCUAAGAUAAAUAUAACGCGUCGGUGCGCCACAAGCUUGAAGCAAAGAUCUCAGGAGCACCUUGUUCAUUUAUCACAGCACCACGCGUGUUAGCUGAGCUGUACGCGAGUCGUUUUGCGCAACAAGUGUCCCCGUCGCGACUUAUUUCGGUACUGAGCUAAGAAAGUUUAGCUGAAAAUUGUUCUUUUUAUUCGGAAAAAGGAGCAAUAAGCGACGAAGAUUUUUCAUCUGUUUGUGAGUGGGAAAUUAAUCUGUUCGUUUAACGUCGGGUGAAGUGGCUUGAAGUCUGUAAGGUGCAGUCCAAGUUCAAUUUCAACCCCCCAUCAAUCAAUCAAUCGAUCAAUCGAUAUCGCAUAUUUUGUUGUGCGAAAGUGUUUUCUCUUUUUGCGUGUGUCAGUGCGUGUCCAAGUUUUUAUUCUUUCCCGGUGUUUCUGUUCUGUUUCGAGUUGCGUAUGCGUAUCUCUUAUCUCUUAUCUGUGUCCAAGUGUGUCUGAAGUGCCCCUCGUUCUGUUGUUUGCCACACCACACCAAUUCAAAAUUUGGAAAAAUCAAAAAAGCUCUUAAGCUGUUUGAAAAAAAAAAAUCAAAAGAGAGCUAAAGAAAAAGUGUUCGUUUUUGCGUUUCGUUUGCGUUUUGCGUUUUCUAUUUUUUUCGAGCAAUCAAUCAUCCCCGGUUAACCGAUAUAAUACAAUGCUUAAUUCGUUGGAAGUUUUGGCCGGCAAGAUCUCGCCCGGAUCGGGAAAAAAUUCGCCACCGACGGUCGGGCUCGACGGAAACGGAAAUAAGGUGCUGCUGGGGGGCGGAGGUUAUGCGGCCCAGCACAAUCACCACCACAGCCUGUUGCACGCGGCCAAGCACCCAUACCAGAAGCCGCCGGGUCAUAGUAACAACAACAUCACCAGCAAUGUGGUCAACAACCCGAUGGUCAAUGCAGGGGCCCUGGUGGCCGUUGCUGCCGUUGGGGGUCAGCUGGCGGUGACCCCGGGAGGCGCAGGGCAAGCCAUCGUCGGAAGUAGCAAUGGGGGCACAAUGCCGGUGGCAGCGAUGCCUGGGGAAGUGGCCCUGCAUCCCUGCGGCCGAAUGGCGGACGUCCCGGACGGAGGAGUGGCCGCGAUGCAGAUCGAACUGAACGCAGCUAAAGAAAAAGAACCCAAAAGUUGUGCCCAGCGACCAAUAACUCGAGACAACGUCUCGCUCCCAGUAAGAUAUUUCCGGGAUGCGUAUCGAUGGAAAUAUUAUGAAACCGGAAAAAGAUGCGGGCCAAAAAGUUAAAUCGGAGAACCCCUCAAAAGCAGCAGCCGGCAGCAAUAAUGAUAGCAAAGGGAUUCCUCGGGUUUUUAUGGGAGCGCGUCCUCGCUUUUUUACGCACCAUUUCUGACCCACCAUUCGAAUGGAGGAAAUCA